AUGUCUUGCUACAGCGAGUCCUGCGGUCCCUGUGGGGUGACCUGCCCUCAGCCGAUUGCCGAGAGCUACAAUGAGCCAUGUGUGCAGCAAUGCCCGGACUCCAGAGCAGUGAUCUUCCCCCCGCCGGCUGUGGUGACAGUCCCAGGCCCCAUACUCAGCUCUUUUCCUCAGGAGAGCAUUGUGGGAUCGUCAGGCCCAGCCUGGCUGGGGGGUUCCUCUGGGAGCUCCUUGGGCUUGGGGGGUUCCUCUGGUUAUGGGGGUUCCCGGGGCUAUGGGAGCUCCUUGGGCUUGGGGGGUUCCUCUGGUUAUGGGGGUUCCCGGGGCUAUGGGAGCUCCUUGGGCUUGGGGGGUUCCCGGGGCUAUGGGAGCUCCUUUGGCCUGGGAGGCUAUGGAGGCUACAGGGGCUCACUUGGGGGCUCCCUGGGCUACGGGGGCCAGUAUGGGUCCAGCGGGAGGUCCUACAGCUCUGGCUUCUCCUCCUGUGGCAUGGGGUGUUACCUGCCUGGUGCGCAGAGGGCACUGGCACCAGAGCGUGACACCCGCAUCAUGCGCUUCCCCUUCUAUUGCCUUGAUCUUCUGUAA